AUGCUCGACGCCGACGUCAGGGUGCGGCGAACACCCCCUGUCGCACCCGAUACAACGGCGGAGCUGGGCUAUGAGGCSGAGCCAUUAAUUGCGGAAGAAUGGGGAAACGAAACCGCCUCUGUGAUUAGUGAUCGCAAUGACCCCGGUCAAGUGUCCAAAAGCAUUUGGUAUUUGUUUAUAUUGACGUUUGGUAUGGGAGGGCUCCAGGUGAUUUGGUCUGUCCAACAUGCCAACGGAUCUCCCUACCUUUUAUCGCUGGGGAUGAGUAAAGCUUUGCUCGCCUGGGUAUGGGUAGCUGGACCGCUCACAGGAACUGUCGUACAACCCUACAUCGGCAUACGCAGUGAUAACUGUCGCAGUCGCUGGGGUAGACGGAAACCAUUCAUCGCAAUUGGCGGGGCAACGACCGUAGUAUGCCUCCUCGCUUUGGCUUGGGUACGAGAGUUGACCGGCAGCGUAUUUUCGCUAUUUGGCGCCGACCAGAAAUCGGACGCGGUGAAAUCAGCAUCAAUUAUUGGUGCGAUCACUCUAAUGUAUUGCCAUGACUUUGGUAUUAACACUGCUCAAGCAGCCAUGCGGGCAUAUAUUGUCGACAAUGCCCCGUGGCACCAACAAAAAUCCGCGAAUGCCUGGGCGAGUCGUGUCAGCGAAGCCGCGAGUAUUUUAACUUAUGCUUUUGGCUACAUGAAUUUACCCGUGAUUUUCCCUAUUCUAGGCAGAACACAAUUCCAGGUGAUUUCUGUGAUAGGAAGCUUCUGCCUAAUUGGUAGCUUGUUGGUAUCUUGCGUCUUCAUCAAGGAAGACCGGACCUACGACCGGCCCAGAACCGCAACGAAGUUGAACACUCUGAACUCAUUCGGUAUGAUCUGGAAGUCUGCGCGCCAUCUGCCGCCUCAAGUAAAGAAGGUUUUUGCGAUUCAAUUCACGUCCUGGUUUGGAUGGUUUCCAUUUUUGUUCUACAUUACCACAUAUAUUGGGCAAUUAUAUGUGAAUCCUAUUUUCGACAAGCAUCCUGGUCUAUCCAAUGGCGAAAUAAACAAGACAUGGGCGGAUGCUACUCGUAUUGCGACGUCUGCCUACUUCUUGAACGCCGUCGUCGCCUUUGUGGGCAGCCUGGUACUUCCACUGCUGGUUGUAGCACCACCACAGAAAGCGCUCGAAGCUUUAACAAAUGACAGUUCUUUAGAGUCGCUCCCAACUUCAAGCUAUGGUACAUUUUUGCAGUCCUCGCUACGCGUUCUCGGGAAGCUUCGGGUACAAGGCCUUACGCUUCGACGACUAUGGCUACUAUCACACUUCCUCUUCGCGGGCUGCAUGUUCAGUACAGUUUUCAUAUCGUCGCCUGGAACAGCAGCAAUCAUGACGGCCAUUAUGGGAAUUCCUUGGAUGGUCACAUCUUGGGCACCAUACGCAUUUAUUGCGACAGAGCUUGCACAGCAUAACAGUAGGUCGACGACAUCGCGAGAUAGCAUAGAAGAGGGUAUCCGCCGACCAAGUCGACCAUACGACAAAGACGAUAUGAAUGGCAUUGGCGAAGCUGGUGUUGUUCUUGGUUUACAUAACGUUUUCAUCUCGUUCCCUCAAAUGGUGUCGAGUCUCCUCAGCAGCGUCAUUUUCAAAGCGUUGCAGAAACCACGUGGUGAGCCAUUCGACAAUAGCGUGGCCUGGGUUAUGACAUUUGGAGGUUGUGCUGCCUUGCUAGCGGGAUUCUUGACGAUGCCCCUGCAAGACCAAGCAGCGGAAUGA